AUCUCUAACACUUUAACUCUUCAUAAAAAUAAUAUAAAUUUGAGCAUUCAAAAUACAUGAUAAUGAAGAAAUUUAGAAUGUAUAGAAAAAAUCUUUUAAUUCUUGAAAACUGUUCAUUGUGGACACUCUUAUGACUGUUGAAUACAGGUAAACCUCUCUUGAGGGUACGAAUUAUCAAAUCCAGCCCGUACAAAAUUGCAUCAACCAAGAUAAACAUAGAUGAUUUAGAUAAAAAGAUAGAGGGGCUAUAAUACAGUAAACAGAAAACACACAGUUUAAUGAUGAUUAUUUUAUUUCCAUAUCAAACUAACUGCUAUUAUUUACAAUACCAUAUGGGUGUUGCGUCUUCAUAUAGGUCGCCAUUAAUGCAUACUUUCAAAACAGAAUGAGCUAAAACACAAUUUAAUGUUUGUUCAGUCAAUCCCAUACCCGCCAAUCCUGACGUAUCUAAUCUCAUUUGCCCUACACUUCCUUUCAUCAUCAUCAACACAGAUACCAUCAGCUAAAAAUUGCAGAGAAAAUCCAAUCAAAAAUCCCACAAUCAUUCAAUCAACUCGCGAGAAAGUGCGAACUCUUUCAGAAAGAAAGGCAUUUGAGCAGGGGUUCUCACCUUCCAGUCCGGGGCCGUUUUAGAACUCAGAUUCCAUUUCCUAAGAAACAUCAAAGCACAGGAACACCUGAUGCCCUUGUCAACGCGGCUAAAUCAUGGGACGGAAAUAACAUGUCAAGUGAGAGAAGAAUAAAGCUGGAAAAUAAACAUGAAGAACUAAUGGAAAGUAGAAGACGUGAAGAGCUUCAAGCUGAAAGAGAGCUUCGGGCUGAAAGAGAGAGAAGAAUAAAGCUGGAAAAUAAAAAUGAAGAACAAAUGGAAAGUAGAAGACGUGAAGAGCUUCAAGCUGAAAGAGCACUUCAGGCUGAAAAAGAGAGAAGAAUAAAGCUGGAAAAGAAACAUGAAGAUGUAAUGGAAAGUAAAAGACGUGAAGAGUUUCAAGCUGAAAGAGCACUUCAGGCUGAAAGAGAGAGAAGAAUACAACUGGAAAAAGAACGUAAAGAACAAAUGGAAAUGAAACGUCUUGAAGACAUGAGAAUGCAUGAGCAGGAAAGAAAAGCAAAAGAAAACCAAAGGAAACAGAAAGAACUGGAGGAAAAGUUAAGAGAGAUGAACAUACAGCACCAGAAGGACAAAGCAUGUGAGAACCUACGGAAACAAGAAGAUUUCCGAAAACAACGAGAACUGGAAGAACAGCUGAGAGAAUUAAAACUACAGCAGCAGAAGGCGGAAGAAGCAUUAAAGGAACAGAAACGGAAAGAGGCAGAAGAAAAAAAGCGAAAAUAUCUCGAACCUUUAAAAAAACCAUGGAGGGAGAUAUCUAAUACUUGGGAAGACCCCUGGAAACAAGAGUUCAAAGACGAGCUUCUAUUAAAAAUCAAUGCAAUCAAACCAGCUGGUGGAAUCAAUUACUUCAAUAUUUUACUCCUUGGACAAGCUGCUGCUGGGAAAUCAUCAUUCGUCAAUACAUGCCUUACUGCUGUAAUGGAUGGUAACAGAAUAAUACCAAAAAAUCAGGUCUACCAGAGCUCAUCCACAAGUGUGUCAAGAUGUGUUGAAGCAGUUCCAAUGAAAACAAAGGACGGAAACAUUCUACCGUUGCGGCUAUUUGAUUGCCGAGGACUUGAUAUGGAACAUGGAGUACCCACGGAGGAUAUAAGAGUAAUAAUCGAAGGUCAUGUGAAAAAUGGAUACCAAAUUAACCCCUUGGCACCCAUAACCCGGGACAACAUAAAUUAUAGAGAACAUCCGGAAAAGAAAGACCAAAUGCACUGCAUUGUGUAUGUAGCGAAUGCAACUAACCCCUCUGAUCACCUGACAGAUCCUAAGACCAAGGAACAGAUACAAUACGUCAAAGACAAAGUAGCCCCGCAACAUUUGCCACAACUGGUCCUUUUUACUAAUAUUGACAAGAUCAGAAUAUCAAAUACUCAUAGUCUGAGGGACAUCUUCAGAAGUCAGGACGUACAGGAUACAUGUAAAAAUGCUGCCGAUUACAUGGAAAUGCCAAUAAUGAACGUCUUGCCGAUGUCAAACUAUCAUGAAGAAGUUCUACCUACCUUGGAAAAAGACAUUCUAGCUCUCUUCUAUCUACUGACCAUGAUGCAAAGAGCAAAUGAUUACAUAAUCCGAAUUACCAAAGAUGACGUCCCAGACGAUUUUAAUGAUUAGUCAAAUCCAUUGUUAAAAGAGAAGUAUCGAUUAUUGCACUGGAUUUCUUCAUUAUAGACAUAGCUGUAGACAUUUGCUACCAGUAUUUGAAUCGCAUGAUUGUGUAGUUUAUGAUAUCUAACAAUGUAUACAAUGCAUGCUAUUAACAUGCAGAAAAGACAACUAAUAUAGAAUUUUACAACUAUAUGCAUUUUGAAAUGCACGUUUUCCCCGCCAUUUUAGUUUGAAUUUUAUGUUGCUCUUCUAUUUUCAUAUUGAAAAAUACGCUGUCGUUCUCGAACUUUGUUCUACAAAUUUGGGGUUCUAGUGUGUAACGGAAAAAUUGUUGAUAUUUUUUUUCAGAUAAAGUAACAUAUCAAAACUCCAAUAGACGACAUUAUGUACGAUGGAUUUAAUAUAAGGUUUGACUGAUUACUAGUUUUCUUUGUUAUUCAUUUGCAUUAAGAUAAAUGUUGACUUUUGGUGUACCAUUAUAUUCUGAUAUAUAUCAUUAUGUAAUUUUAUAUAAUUACACAUGAUCUUGCUUUACCCAGUGUAUAUUAGCAUAUGUUUUGUUUUUCUUUCGAGGGUGUUUUAUGUUAUUUGUAGAUCAUAGGCGAAUAAA